UGGAGCAGGGAGAGGAAAGUUUCAAAGUGUGAGUUCAGUUCACCGAGAAGGAUAAGGUGGUUGGAGACCUGUACAGAUCAGCGUCAUACGGUAUUGUGCGCUUCAAAGUCUACAACCCUGACUACUUGUAUAUUCCAGCUUGGUUGUGUAUUCUAUUCCUUUUGGGUACCAGUCCUUCCUGCUUUAUCUGCUACUUUUUAAUAUUGGUUUAGGACGCGAAUGGAAGAGUUGGCGUGUGGCCUAUAACCGCUCAAGCUUGGGUUCAGCGGGAGGCGACCUUUGGCAUCCAGUGCUCUGGUGGGGCAUCGGUGUAACGAAGAACCACCGGACCAGAGCUGGAGCUAUUUCGAGGACAGUAGUUGUCUGGCGGUGUUGUUGGUUGCGAUCGAAGGAUGCUUAUGGGUACACCCUGGAGCUCCUCUACCAUGCCUGCAAAUCUCUGGUUAUCCCUCAGGUGUUGAUUCCCUCUCUCGUCUACUCCAUCAUGAUGCUUGAUAGAUAAUGCCGACGUUGCUUUUGCCUUUUGCGUCGCUCGUAAACACCCCCCUUCCUUAGCGAAGCCAGUAUGUCUUAGGCAACUCUGUGCUAGCUUUCGAAUGCUGCAGGGUUUUAUUCUCGUCAUUGGAGACGGGAAAUGUUCCUUAGUUGUAUUCAUUCCUCCCACCCCACAACCAUAUCGUCCUCAUUGUGCCCUGCAUGGGUUUUGUCGGUAAAAUGCCGAGCAGGCAGUUUGUGGAGUUGUAAGCCCUUCGGCAGUUGUUGAGCAUGGGAUUCGGUGCUAUCAGCGAACCAGAGAUUCUCCUUGAUGAAGUGAUUGUCUCACCUAUCGGCAAAUUGAGACGAUAAAACUCGGAAAGAGGUUCAUUUCCCACUGAGAUGGACGACACCAAUUCAGUGUACGUGGGUGGGCUGUCAUAUGGAAGCACCGAAGAGACGUUAAAAAGAUCUUUCAUGCAGUUCGGCGAGGUGGUUUCUGUGAAGAUUGUGCAUGAUCGCGACAGUGGCGAGUCUCGCGGCUUCGGGUUCGUCACUUUCUCCAACCCCAGAGCGGCCACAGUGGCCAUCCAGGAUAUGGACGGGAGGCAGAUUGAAGGCCGCACCAUACGUGUGAACGAGGUGCGCAAGAACCACAAAAUGUUAGGGGCCCGAGAUCGGGACUUUAGAGUCCGGGACCUUAGAGACCGCAAUCGACGGCGAGAAUCGCCGCCAUCUCGUGAGAGGAUUCACCACCGCACCAGAUCCCCACCCUUACAACGCAGCCGAUCGCAGACGCCAAUGCGAGGUAGUCCAACGAAUAGAGGCAGCAGCCCAAACACGAGUCCAAGGUACCAAUAUCGGGAGCGCAAGGAAGGCGAACGUGAGGGCGGAAUCUCGCCGCAAAGCUCCGAGGGCGGCGGACGGAAGGAUGUGAAUUCUAGUGCCAAGCAGAUAAGCUCCCGCAUCGCCACCGACAAUGACGACGACGAACUGAGUCGGUUGAGAGAAGAGCUUGAUGCUGCUAGAGAGAUUCGGCGGAGCCUGGAGGAAAAAGUAAAUAGCCUAAAGAGCGUGGUGGAGAAGUCCGACGUCACUAUAGCUGCUCUGAAAUCCAAAUCACAGAAACUGGAGGAGUCUUUGUCGAGUGCCCAGCAUCUGGCCGCUCAGCGUCAGCACCAGCUCAAGAGGCUACAAACAAGCGUCUUUCACUUUAAGCUUGCUACCGAGCGGCUCUCUACCACCGAGAAGGAGAUGAAGACUCUGGCUACAUUGACAGCUCUGGAGGUGGAGAAUGAUCACGCGAGAACUACCACGGAUUCCGUCCAUGCAAACGGUUACACUGCAGGGGAUGAGCUAAACCACCAGAGCGAGGAGAAUCACAACUACACUGCCUAAUCUUUCCCAUGGUUAGGUUGACAAGGUUGUUGGAGCAUGCUCUUAUGGACAUUCUCAUCUCAAUUGGGAGACGACGUAUCUGCAGCAUUCAUCGCACUGCUCGCCCAAGCAUGGCACAGGGCACAACGAGGAGCCUGGCACAAUGAAGUAUAAACCAACUUAGCUGAGCGUCCUUACUUCCACUGCUUUUUGUCCUCUUUCCCUUUCCUUUGGUGCGGUGCUGACACAAAUGAGGAGUCUUGGUGUCUUGUCAUGUCGUCUUGGUUGGGGUGGUUCCUUCACAGUUGUGGAACGGGCACAAUCCUCCUUCCUGCUCCUAAUCUCUUCCACAACCGGGUAGAGUGAUCAGGUACUUGCAGUAAUUGACUCUAUGGAGUUGAGUCUCUUUUGAAUUACAUGAUCAAUUCCCCUACCAAUGUAUAUUUCAGCGGCGAUGGCUAUGGUUCUUCCAGUCACAGGGAUGGGUGUCCUUGUUCACGACCCAACUUUCCUUUUUGACACUCUGGUAGGUAGUAGUUAUGGCAGUAGCAGUAGUAUUCACGCAAGGAUUCGAGAUUCCAGAUUAGUGCAAGGUUGGGUAUUGCUACAUCAUGGGUUGGGAGUUGGAAUCUCAAUAAUUUAUGAAAUACUUAAGUAUGGAUCGUGUCAUGGAGUUACUGAGUCAGAUUUGAUGUUGAAGAAACGCGUAUAUUCAGAUUUGAAAACGGCGUCACAAGUAGAUAUCAAUUUCAGGGUUUCAGAGCUAGGUUGCUUGUGUGUUGAAUUGCCUCCCCUGUGUCCUUGGCAGAGAUUGCAGCGUUGAAUUGAAAAUACCGUGCAUAUUUCUUGCCAAUAAUUGAAGCCAAGGGCUACUGCUUGCUUGUACAAAUUGGUUUUGUAA